CUCUGCUUCUGUUCGGUUUGGCUUUGGACUUGGAGAAUCCAAAUCAAUGGGGAAGCGAAUGCGAAGAGCUAAACAAAUCUGCUGCUGUGCUUCUCCUCGAAUCUCCUUCCUCUCUCCUCACACCGCUUUCUCUUGUUUCGAGGCGGAUGUUUGGACUGAAAUUGCUAAAUACUUGGAUGGGAAAUCCCUGGUGAUGCUGGCAGUGACUUGCCGGUGGUUUUACCAAGUGAUCAUGGAGGAAAGCAUAUGGAAAUUUGCCUGUUUGCGAGAUCUCCAAGUCCCGGAUCCUCAACUAGUAGCUUUUAAAUGGAUCGAUCUCUACGCUUCAGCUUUUGAUGGAAGUCACUCUUUCACGUUCCGGCAGCAGGAGAAACAUAUUGAUUGGAUGCGAAUUGGAGCAUUUUUCUUUGACUCACCAGUUGCGUUUCUGACGGAGAAGCUGAUCCCUACGGUGGAAAUUUCACCAGAAAAGAGUACAGAAAAAAUGUUGCGGUCGAGUGGUUCAUGCAUGUUGAACAACAUUAAAACUGGAAUCUGGAUAGCUGAUUUACAGCUUGUUCGAUGCCCUGUUUGUGACCUCAACACAUGUGAUGGAACUAUGCAGACGUUGGAUGCAAGGCACAUAGAGCUCUUCUUGUGCGAGGGUUACCUGAAUGGGAGUUGGGAGUACAAGAUCUUAGGUUCUUAUGAUAUCAGAAAGCAUGCUGACGGAGCAUCUGGUGGCAUUUUUGAUUUUAAACAUAUAAGGGAUCCGUCAACCACUGAGGUAUUCAAUCUCAAAUCAUGGGUGGGAGAACCCAAGGAUUGGCAGCCGAAAGCUAUGAUAACUCUUCAUGCAGUAGCAGUCAACACCAAUUUACAAGAAAACGAAGGUCUCCACGUAAAAUAUCAAGCCAUGAGGGCUGGAGCUGAUGGAGAAAUUGUUUCUAUUCGGAUAUCUCAGCAGCUUCUGUAGUUUAUGGAAAAAUCCUCUCUCUCUCUCUCUCUCUCUCUCUGUUGGACAUCAGAAUUUUCUUUCUUUCUUUCUUUUUUUUUUUUAAUUUCUCAAUUCUGAUAGAGGAAUACUUCCCCAAAUAAAGCAAUUUAAUGUACUUACGACUUAGCAACCUCAAUAAUAUUUCCAGUCUCGGUAACGCCGACAAAAUUUCAGUUAUACUUCUAGUCUCUAUUUUUGUUAUUUCGUUCUCAAUUAUGUCAUCUUAUUUCUUAAUCCAGU